GCCUACAUACUCACCCCCAAUGCCAAGCCCGGCCGACUCAUUCCUGCAGGGAUGUCUGGCGCAGGUGGAAAGUGGCCCGAGUUCGUCCCGCCCAAGGCAGGAGACAGCCGUUGCUCCUGCCCGGCGUUGAAUGCUAUGGCAAAUCAUGGCAUCCUCCCCCAUGACGGCAAAAACAUCACCUUCUCCGAAAUGGGCGACAAAAUCCACUCCACCUACAACUUCGCGCCUUCAUUCUGCUACUUCGUGCCCAACUAUGCUGCGAACAUGCUCGGCAGGAGUUACAAGAAGCACACGUUCAAUCUCGCUGACCUGGACUUGCACAAUGGGAUCGAGCACGAUGCGUCGUUGACUCGUGAGUGUCUUGACUCGGUGCUCGCGCCAGACCAAGGCGCGCCGCACGAACCCUUCGUCCGCGAGCUGCUCGAUUCUGCGUCCGGGCGCGACGCCCGCACCGGCGAGCGGCGCCUCACCGUUCCCGAUCUCUCAAAAAUAUCCGCCCGCCGCCGCGUGCAGGCGCGCGCCACCAACGGGGCCUACUCCCUCGCGGCAGUUCAUCAGAAGUUUAGCGCGGCUAACUCCUCCACCAUGCUGCGCAUCUUCGGCGGCAAGCUCGACGACCUGGAGACGAUGCUGCUCGAGGAGCGCAUCCCGGACGGCUGGGAAUCGAGCACGAAGGCGCGGCACGGACUUACGAUCCUGUCGUUCCAGUCGACGGUGAAAGCUGUGGCGAAGGGCAUUGAUGAGGGGGCGGCAGCGCGGGAGAUGGAGGCGGAAGCAGCGAGAGUUUUGGAGGGGGAGAAGAUGGGGCAGAUGGAGGAGGGGAAGGACGUGAAGGAAAUGGUCUGA